CCUAACCUAAUCUCCUAAUAUUAUGCUUCUAUCCAAUUAUGCAUUAUACAUUAUGCACUAUGCACUAUGCAUUUAGACAUAUCCCGCAGGUGACUUCAACACUGGAGAAUUCCACACAUCAAUGAAUUAAUAAGAGCUCAUCUCAACCUAAAGUUUUAAAAUUCUGAAAUUGCAAGUCCUUUGAGCAAAUAUAUGUUAAUUCUCAUCAGCUGAAAGGGAAGAAGAUGGCGCCGUCGGGAACCUUUACUACGACGGUGCACCCUUUCGAAUCCCCAACAGCCCACGCCUGUGCUUAUGAAGUCGGCCUCGCCAACGCAAGAAAUGCUCUCGUAUUCGUCGGUGGGCUCGGUGAUGGACCUCACACAGUGCCAUAUCCCCGGGCGAUAGCUAAGCGUCUAGAAUCGGAACCUAACCUAAGCUAUUCUGUCUUUGAAUUCAGGCUGUCAAGCUCUUUCUUGGGCUUUGGCUUUGGUCGUCUAGCUAACGACGUAGCUGAUAUAUCGGCUCUCGUUAAGUAUCUGCGGAGUAUAGGAAAGGAACAUAUAGUCUUAUUAGGCCAUUCCACCGGAAGCCAGGAUUUAAUGGAGUAUACAUCGCCAUCCCAUAAUGCCGCGCCGGUUGAAGGGUACAUUCUUCAAGCACCAGUAUCGGAUCGCGGCGCGAUAGCGUCGGAGAUGGGUGAAUCUAAAUUAGAGGAAAGCCUCAAGAUUGCCAAACAGCUUAUCACUUCUGGUAAGGGCCACGAGCGUAUGCUGCCUGAAAACCUCUCAUCUUCCUUCCAUGAUACGCCGAUAUCUGCGUCGCGGUGGUACGCGCUUGGAGCAGCCGACGGCGAAGACAACUACUUUGAUCCCGGGCUCCCAGAUGACAUAGUUGGGCCUUACUGGAAGCGAGUAGAUAAGCCAAUCCUUAUACUUCACUCGGGGAAUGAUGAAUAUGUGCCAAGUUCCAUCGAUAAAGAUGCGCUUGUUCAGCACUGGAGGACACUUUGCCGGCCAGGCAUCGCGAGUGAACUCUCGGGUACGAUCCCGGGCGCCGGCCAUAGAGUAGAGGAGCCCGAGGCGGAAGAAUGGCUCGUCAACACGGUUGUUAAAUUUCUGCAAGAUAUUAAAUAAUUGAGAUUUCCGGUAACAUGAGUUCGGAUAGCUCAUUCUCAUCAUAAUUACUUCCCGUUAUCGAGGAAUAAAAUGGGAAAUUGAGCUAUCAGAUGAUGAUGAUUAUACGAAUCUGAAUCAGAUUUGACCCCUUCUAACGGAUUGCGGGCGCUAGUCUAAGCCGCGCUCGCUACUUCGAGGUCGGCGAUCGUACAGAGUUCGGACACAUCCUUUAGAUUGUCAUCGC